AGGGAGCUAUCCAGGGAUCCCUGGCGUGCUGGCAGCUCGCGGUCUCCCAUUCUGCAAAAUUCGUUAUAUAAUAGAUGACAGCCGGGCUUUCGUUGCUGUUGCUGUUGCUGUUGCUGUUGCUGUUGUUGCUGUUGCUGUUACAGAGAAGCCAGUUUCUAGGUUCCAACCACUGUUAUUUCAUUAGAAGUUGUGAUGCUGAAUUAGGCAAAUAGGUUCAUUUUAGGCAUUUUGCAUUUCAUCUAGGAUGACUUAAUGCCUCGAUUUCCUUUGCACUCAGUACUCAGAGAGGGAUGGAGAAAGGGAGAGAAGCCCAAACGUGGGAAAUGAUUUGGGGGGAGGGGGGGAAGAAAAAGAAUAAAUGACUGCAUGUCAUAAUUGACAGAAAGGUUUUAGGUGAAAAGCGAUUUCAUUAUCCAGAAGCACACGGGUCCUGACUUCCGGGCUGGGGAUUUAAGAUCUCUUUGGAAGACAGCUGGGGAAUCCCUGCCAGUGACUAUUAAUCCUUUCCAGGCCCAGAGGGGCACCAGCUAGCUGACCUUCAGGACGGGCUGGUGGACAGCAGCGGUGACUUGGGCACUGGGAGCGGAGACGGAGGCGGCGGCGGAGGCGGUAGCAGCAGCAGCGGCGGCGGCGGCGGCAGCAGUAGCGGCGGCGUCAGGCUCGGAGUGACCCCGGUAGCGGCAGCAGCAACUGCAGCGGUAGCAGCUAAAAGUCCCGCGCGGCGCCCACCGGCCGGCGUCAGCACCAUGGACAGCUCAGGUGCCUCAUCUCCAGACAUGGAAUCCAACUAUGGUGGAGGUCUGCUUGACAUGGUAAAAGGAGGAGCAGGGAGGCUCUUUAGUAACCUAAAGGACAACCUCAAAGACACCAUUAAAGACACUUCUUCUAAAGUCAUGCAGUCGGUCGCCAGUUAUACUAAAGGAGAAUUAGACAUUUCCUACAUUACCUCUAGAAUCAUUGUGAUGUCCUUUCCUGCAGAAGGAGUUGAAUUAGGAUUCAGGAAUCAGAUAGAAGAUGUCCGAACCUUUUUGGAUUCCAGGCAUCCUGAUCAUUAUACAGUAUUCAAUCUAUCACCCAAAUCCUAUCGCAGUGCCAAGUUUCAUAACAGGGUCUCAGAAUGCAGCUGGCCGAUGCGACAAGCACCGAGUCUACACAAUCUCUAUGCUGUGUGUAAGAACAUGCACAAUUGGCUUCAGCAGAACCCCAAGAAUGUCUGUGUCAUCCACUGCAUGGAUGGACGUGCUGCAUCGGCAGUUCUUGUUAGUGCAAUGUUUUGUUUCUGUCAUCUCUUCUCUAAUCCAGUCCCUGCCAUUCAGUUGCUAAAUGCAAAGCGACCUGGAAUCGGACUCUGGCCAUCCCAUAGGAGAUACAUAGGAUAUAUUUGCGACCUCAUAGCUGAUAAACCCGUCAUUCCCCACUGCAAACCUCUCACAGUUAAAUCGGUCACUCUCAGUCCUGUCCCUUGUUUCAACAAACAGAGGAAUGGAUGUCGUCCAUUUUGUGAUAUACUCAUUGGAGAAACCAAAAUAUUUACAACUUCCUUGGACUAUGAACGAAUGAAAGAAUUCCGGGUCCAGGAAGGCAAGGUUGUCAUUCCAUUGGGUGUCACAGCUCAUGGCGACGUGGUGGUGUCUGUUUACCACAUGAGAUCGACCAUCGGGGGACGAUUACAGUCCAAAAUGACCAAUACUCAAAUAUUCCAGAUUCAGUUCCAUACGGGAUUUGUACCACUGGGCACAACAGUGUUGAAAUUCACUAAGCCCGAGUUGGAUGCAUGCGACUCUCCAGAAAAAUACCCCCAGCUGUUCCAUGUGAUUUUGGAGGUCGAAAUUGAACCCAAUGACAGACAGACGGAUUUAACACCUCCAUGGGAAAAUUUCUCCACAAAAGAUAUUAGUCCCAGCAUCCUCUUCUCCUCUCACCAGGAGCAACAAGACACUCUGGCCUCAGCAGGUAGAGCCUCAGCAGAUACUCCUCAAGACAACCCACGGCAUGCUGGUCAAGGGGCUUUCUUUUCAUCUCUCAACUGGCAAGAUCAGAAAUCUGACAAGGCCAGCAGUCACCCCACCUCUGAAGACCGAGCUGCCCUAGUACAUGAGGAGAGUGAACAAUCAGAUGAUGAGCUCCUAUCUCUCUCAAGCCAGCACAGUAAUGCCAGUGGGGACAAACCCCCUGGACCAUCGAAGCAUAACAAAAAGCCACAAGAGGCACCUCCCCCUCCACCCUCUGAAGAUGUGGACCUUCUGGGGCUCGAGGGAAGUCCCAGCAAGACUUUCUCUUCUCAGCCCAUGGCUCCCCCCACCAAUUCAGACUUGUUGAAUGACCUAUUUGGGAGUGGAGGCACAACAGCAUCUGCUCAGGCUGCACCGCCAGGGGUGGAGGAUGUGUUCCAUCCAAGUGGCCCAGGAUCAGCCCACUCAACACCCAGACGAUCUGCAGCUUCUGGCUCACCAUCUCCUUCCUCGAGAGCAGGAGAAGCUGCAACCUUUGACCCAUUUGGAGCUCCCUCCAAACCAUCUGGUCCAGAUUUACUGGGUUCUUUUCUGAGCACAACAAAUGCCUCUAGUGAUCCCUUUCUUCAGGCCAGAAGUCCUUCACCUACAAUUCACAGUGACCCCUUUAAUUUAGCUUCCAGCACACCCACUGUUUCCAUCCAGCCAGAUGUUUCAGGUGGUUGGGACUGGCCCAGUAAACCAGGUGGUUUUGGAAUGGGAAGCAAGUCAGCUGCCACCAGCCCCACAGGCUCAAUGCACAACACCCCCACACAUCAGAACAAGCCACAGUCUCUGGACCCGUUUGCUGACCUUGGCACACUUGGUGCAAAUUUAGCAGGUAGUUCUUCAUUCGCCAGCAAGCCUACCACGCCAACUGGGUUAGGUGGAGGAUUCCCCCCUCUUAGCUCACCACAGAAGCCAUCUCCCCAGCCAAUGGGUGGGGGAUGGCAGCAGGGGUCCAGCUACUCAUGGCAGCAAACCCAACCCAAGUCACAGCCCAGCAUGCCCCAUGCCUCUCCCCAGAACAGACCGAACUACAAUGUAAGCUUCUCAUCAAUGCCAAGUGGUCAGAACGACCGUGGAAAAGGACCUUCUAAUUUGGAAGGGAAAUCCAAAACAGCUGAUUUUGAGGACCUGCUGUCUGGCCAAGGCUUCAAUGCUCACAAAGAUAAGAAGGGGCCCAGAACAAUAGCUGAAAUGAGAAAGGAAGAAAUGGCAAAAGAUAUGGACCCUGAGAAACUGAAGAUCCUAGAAUGGAUAGAAGGAAAGGAGAGGAACAUCAGGGCACUGCUAUCCACCAUGCACACGGUGCUAUGGGAAGGAGAGACCAAGUGGAAGCCUGUGGGCAUGGCUGACCUGGUCACUCCUGAGCAGGUGAAGAAGGUCUACAGGCGGGCUGUGCUUGUGGUACAUCCAGACAAAGCCACAGGGCAGCCAUAUGAACAAUACGCCAAGAUGAUCUUCAUGGAACUCAAUGACGCCUGGUCAGAAUUUGAAAAUCAAGGCCAAAAGCCCUUGUAUUAACCUGUUCUUUCCUCUGUCUCUGCUACAGACCCAGGAUAAUGCUUCUUUCUCUUGUCCCGUUGGAGAUUUUCACAGAUGAACCCAAAUGAGACAUUCUCCCAACAGCAAAGAGUUAAAUUUUCUGCCUGUCACUUCCUGAUGAAUAAAGAAACGGGAGGUUAGGAUUCCAGAAGUGAUCACCUUAUACCUUCCAGAAUGUUAUAGAUAUGUGACAUUGGAGAUCCAAUGACUAUACUCCAUAGCCCUAUGGAAACUGAGGCACUACAUAUAGAACAGAGGAUUCUAGAUAGUAUAUACCAAACAGAUAGUAAAGAGUUAGGGUUGGGGAGGGGAGAUGAUAUACCAUGUAUGACCUUCAUCUCCUUGUCUAAGAAGGGAUACAAUUUUUACACUUUAGGGAAAAGGGUACAAAAAUUUGCGUAAGGAAUUCACUCUGAUGCAUAGUUUGGCUUUUUUUUUUAGGUUGGUUUUUAGAUUGUCUCAAAAAGAUGUCUUCCAUGUCACUGGGUCAGACAAACAAGCAGAACUAAAUGGUUUGGAUAUCUUAUUUCUGCCUAGAGCAUCGUUCUGUAGAGUUAUAUUGGCCCAUAAGCCAUUUGUGGCCCAUUUGAAAGUAGUGUGAAACUUGGGGAGAUUUAACUCCAUUAUGAUAACAACUAAUUAUCACUUGAUUUGGCUGGAUAAAUGAAAUCCAAUAGAGCACCUCAAAGGUCCCUGUCCCUACAAAGAGGGUUAAAGUCCUCAGGAACAUUGCUUUUGUUUAAGCUUUGGUUAAUAAUCUUUUUAAAAACCUACCGUUGACUAAUUUUAUGCCAGAGGGAGAGGAACUUUUUUUAUUUUUUAAUCCAGGGGUUAUAUUGCCCCAGGAUUUUUAUUCUAAUCAUUUUUUUUUCCUGGUCACAAAUGUUGUCCUUGGCUUGAAGUAGGUUCUGAAGGAGUUGGCCUUGUCUCCAACUUAAACAAAAUUUGCAUUCAGAAGAAACUGUCUUCUGUAGGUUUUUGAGGAUCUGAUAAAGAAAGAAUGGAAAGGAUCAGUACUUAGCAAGCAUCACUUGGAAAACUUCACAUUUACUUCCAGACUAAGUCAAAUGAUUUCCCAGUGCUUCCUUGCCUAUCAUUCACCUCAGGAAAGUCUAGACCCUUCCCCCACUCCAUAGCUCCUUCUAGAGGAUUAAUUGGCAUGAAAGGAGUAGGAGACCCCAAAGUGGGACCAUUCACAUGCUUAUACAUGGGAAGGCCACAAAUGGAAGCUGCCUCACCCUCCUCCAAGCUGGAGUUCAGGACAGCAUUAAGAACAGUUGGUUUUCUCAAAAAAAAAAAUCCUGGGUCGACCCAAUGUCACCUCCUCUUUCUUUACUUCAUCGAUAAAGUAGGUCCAACAGACAGACCAGAAGAUUUGUGGACUCAUUAUUUAGGGAAAAUUCCAUCUCAAAGACCAUGGAAAUAUUUCUCAAGUUGAUGUUUUUAAAGACAAUCAUUUCUUUUCCCAUUGUAAUUUCCUUACAGCAUUGAAAAUACUGAAAAAGCAGCAUGCCAGAAUACAUUCUGUUUGGUAGGGCACUGCUCUUCCUCCUCCUCUUCAUCAUUGAAUUCCCUUCUUACUCCCCUUUCUGGUGUAUAGGGUCCAUAUUUAUUUACUUCCAUCGACUGAUGAUGUGAAACCUUCACAUAGUGUUAUUCCCACCUUCCCUUCUAUACAAACAUAAAGCAUUUGGGGUAACCAUAACCAACUGGAUGUUAUUUAUUAACCCAUUCCAAAACAAUGUUUUGGUCUAGUCUGUGCUUGUCCUCUUUGAAACUGGAAUGUGAGCCAUGGUCCUGUGACUUGUUUUGUUCUCAUCCCCAUCUUGUAGAUACUGUGUGACUGACGCCUAUAUAAUAUUACUACUAAUAAAAGAAAAAGGAUCUCCUGUGGAUGUAAUGUAAAUUUUGAAAUGAUAGAAGUCUAGUAGCUUUGUAUCAUGUAUGGGAUAACCCAUCAGUGUCCGUAGCUCCCAACACCAUUACCUUUAUGUACUCAGCAAAGAGAGAGAGGCUCUUUCCUGACCUGAAACAUUUGGGUUUCCCGCCACCAUGUUUGCUUUCUGGAUGCAUUAAGAUUCUGGACCCCCGGCUGAUCUCGAAACUCAACAUACACGGCACAAGAGGUUUUUGCAUUCCUUUCCAACAUUUGGUAGCGACAGCUUGCUGAUGUUCAGGUCAACUGUUCACUAAGGAAAAAAUAUUGUAAUAUAUAUUUUUUUGUAAAUAUACUCUACACAAUGAAAUGUG